UUAUUUAAAUAAUUGGCUACUCCGGUAAUUGUUUCCUUAAAAUUUUGCUGAUUUUAAUUGAUUUUUCUGUAGUUAGAUGAAUCAAUAUUUAGCUAGUGACAGAAAACACUUGUUUAGGUUAUGUUUAUGUCAAUAUUUUGAUCAACAAUUUCUUUAUUUAUAGUUGAAAAACACUCUCUAUAUUUAACUAUGUUCAUUUGAUUGUUUAAUUAUUUGGCAUAAAAAAUUUAAUAAUCUUGAUAGUCCAAUAAUAUGUAUUGUUUAUAUUUACAGUAUAUUUACUCAUAAGCCAUGAUGGGUGCAAAGAGGAUAUGUAUUGACAAAGAUCAACAAACCUCUACAGAUAAUGUUGACGAGAAAAUGGAUCUCAUCAACUCUCUUGAUAAUGAUUCCUUAGCACAAGUAUUUAUGAUGCUGCCAAUAUCUGAGCGAAUAACUAUGGAUCAAGUCUGUUCCAAAUGGAAAGAGGCCUGUCAACUAGCUUGGCAUGACAUUAAAAAAUACAAAUGUACCAAUACAAUUGUUCGCAAUCAUGAAAAAUGUAUUUUAACACAAUCAUAUGUAGAAAAAAUAUUAUUCAAUUGUGGUAUUUAUUUAAAAGAAUUGAUUCUUUCAAAAUUUUGUAACUCAAGUAUCAUGCCAGUAAUUGCUGAAUACUGCAAGGAUUUAACAACACUUGAAUUUGAAAUUAUCAGAUUUGAAACUUAUGAUACUGAUUACUUUGGUGAAGCAUUUAAACAGUUGGAUCAAUUGAAAGUCGUUAAAAUACAUAUAUCUGGAUAUAUAUUUCAAUUUCAAAUGCUGAAUAGUCUUCCAAAAGAUAUAACUGAAAUUCAUUUAUUUUUUGGACUUAAAGUUGUAUACCCGGAACAAUGUUUUUGGUUAUCACCAUCACCAGUAUCACCAUCACUUUUCUCUUUGAGAAAAUUAACUAAUCUACAAAGCUUGACAAUACGUUCUUACGAUAUCACUGACAUUAUCGAAGAAAUAUCAAAAAAAACAACACUUGUUUAUCUCGAUCUCCAAGAAUGUAAGACUGAAAAUAAGAUUUUUACAUUCAAUGAACUUUCAAACUUGGAACACCUCAACAUUAAGGACGUGUUCUUCAUAGAUAGUCAAUCGAAAAUUAUUCCAGAUCUACUCAGUGGUAUUUUCAAUAAAUGCAAAAAGCUAAAACAUCUUGAUGCACCAGAUUUUGAUGUUGAUCUAGCUGAAAUUGAAAUGGAAAACUGGGUAAACUUGGAAAACUUGGUAUAUUUAAAUAGUCGCUGGCGAGCUAGUGAUGCUUUAAUCGAAAAAAUCAUCGGGUAUUGCAAUAAUUUAGAAUUUAUAAAUACUGAUACAUUAAAUAGUAAAUCUAUUAUAAAAUUAACAAAAUUAGAAAACCUCAAUUAUUUAGACUUUGAGAGGACAAAUAAUGUCAAUAAAGAAGUAAUGGUUGCAAUUUCAAAUAAUUGUAAAAAACUAAAACAUCUAGUACUUCCAAUGUAUAAUAAAGUGGAGGCAUCACUUUUUGAUGAUUUAUCAAAAUUGCAAUAUAUUGAAAGUUUAAAUUUGGCAUUUAGUUACAAACUUGAAGAUAGUGCUAUUAUUGCUAUUGCUAAAAAUUGUAAGCUCUUAAAAAGUUUGAAUCUUCGAAGGUGUCACUCUAUCACUUCAACUGCUUACAUUGCUUUAGCGAGUUUAAAAAAUUUGAAUGAACUAGACGUUGAAUCGAAUGAAAAUGUUGAAGACACUUUUAUUGUCAAAUUAAGAGGAAUAAAAAGUUUAAAUUGUUCUGAAUGCAACAAUCUUACUGAUGCUGGUGUCAUUCAAUUUAUAAAAAAUAAUCCAGAUCUUGAAUUUCUUGAUAUCAGCUGUAACAAAAAAAUUACAAUUGAUACGAUUUUUGCUGCAGAUGAGGCAGUUAAAAAUCGUACAAAUGACACUUUUUUAUGUAUAAAAACUCGUGAUCCAGUUCUGAAAGAAGCUUGCAUUAAAUCUCAAUGGUUAACUUGUGAUUAGAAUGGAAUUGGAGUAUUUUUUUCUUCAGCAGGUACAUCUUGUAUCUUUUCUACAUUCCUACAAAAAAAUCACAUUUAAAAUAGUGAAAAUUCAAUCAAAAUCAUUACA